GAUUAGACGUCCCUUACCCCAAGGGAGUUUCAUAAGGUAUUCCCGGCCAGCCCGGAAGCGAGCAGGCGCUGCCUCAGAACGCUUCCACACGUUCAUGGGAAGAGAGCUGCUGUCAUCUCAUGGUGUUCAUAUUUCUGCGCAGUAAAGUACUAGUAUUUUGUAUAAAUGGGAGGCUCACCGAGUUGUCAAAUUGCAGCAGUAGACAUGAAGGGCCCAGUUGCUGAGAAAGUCAAUGAGAAAAUUAAGAGCCAUUGUGUGAUGAUUUUCUCAAAGACCUACUGUCCUUAUUGCAAGAUAGCUAAAAAGGCAUUCAGUGAUAUUGGAGUCCCAUAUGAAGUGUAUGAAAUUGAUAAGCAGCCUGAUGGUGCAGCAGUGCAAGAUGUUUUAGAUAACAUGACUGGUGCCAGAACUGUACCCAGAGUGUUUGUGGGAGGGAAGUGCAUAGGUGGAGGAACAGAAACGAGGCAACUCUACAAGGAAGGAAAAUUAGCAAAUUUGGUUCAGCAAAGUUGUGAAAAUAAAUGAUUUUAUUGUAUUAUAGAUGUGAAGUUAUAAUAUCCUUUUAAUGUAUUUAUUCUUGAAAAUCUCAUGAUUUUAUUGACCAGUAAAAUAGUAGAAAAAGGGUGUAACUUAAUUAAUUUUGUGUAAUCAUGUAAAGUAAUCCUUUUUGCCAUAUUGUAAGUAAUAUUUUAUAUUCAAAAAUACUUUUCUACCUACCUCAGUUGUUAGAUUUUGGAACAGAUAAUAAAGAACCUCUCUAUAAAUGUAUGAUGAAAAACAUUUCCUUAUGUAAAUAGACAUUUUGUUAGGGUUGUGGGGUUAGAUUUAUUUUUUAUUUUUACAAGGACAGGCAGUACAUGAAAUAUUUAA